AUGGCUGGUACUCCUAAAUCAAUCAAAAAUAAGAAGAAUGAUACCAAUAGUAUAAUUGAUGGAAAAUCAUUAACUAGAACUAUAUCGGUGGAAUCAAUUGCUCCUAAGAUAUCUCAAUUGUUCAAGAGAAAGAGAAAGAGACCAUUGAAUGAAGAUGAUUCUGUAACUUCUACUCCAGCUGAUACCCCUCGUGAAUCAGACGCUGAGGAGGAUGAUUCUAUUCCGGAAGCUUAUCAUAGUAAUAAACAUCAUCACCAUCAUAAUAAUAAUAAUAAUACUCAUAUAAAAUCCCCAGCUACUAAGAGAAGAAAAGUUAAGACUAAAGAAGAAGAAGAAUUUGAAGAAAAUGAAAAAAAAUUAGAUGCUGAAUUACCUGAAGAAUUAAGAAAAUAUAGACCAGCAGGGUUUAAAUUUAAUUUACCUCCCAAGGAUAGACCGAUUAGAAUUUAUGCUGAUGGUGUAUUUGAUUUAUUUCAUUUAGGUCAUAUGAGACAAUUAGAACAAGCCAAAAAAUCAUUUGAAAAUGUGGAAUUGGUUUGUGGUGUUCCAUCUGAUAUUGAAACUCAUAAAAGAAAAGGUUUAACUGUGUUAUCGGAUCAACAAAGAUGUGAUACUUUAAAACAUUGUCGUUGGGUUGAUGAAGUUAUUCCAAAUGCUCCAUGGUGUGUUACUACUGAUUUUUUAAAAGAGCAUAAUAUUGAUUAUGUUGCUCAUGAUGAUUUACCUUAUGCUUCAGGAGAUUCUGAUGAUAUUUAUAAACCAAUAAAAGAAAAAGGAAUGUUUUUAACUACUCAAAGAACUGAAGGUAUUUCUACAUCUGAUAUAAUAACUAAAAUCAUUCGUGAUUAUGAUAAAUAUUUAAUGAGAAAUUUUGCUCGUGGAGCAACAAGAAAAGAAUUAAAUGUAAGUUGGUUAAAAAAGAAUGAAUUAGAUUUAAAGAAACAUAUUAGUGAUUUUAGAACUUAUUGGGAAAAGAAUAGAGAAAAUUUUAAUAAUGUAUCUCGUGAUUUAUAUUUUGAAAUUAGAGAAUUUAUGAGAGGUAAGAAAUUCGAUGUUCAAUCAUUCUUAGAAAGUUCAAAUCAAACUAAUAGUGAUUCAGAAGAUAAUCAAUCAAGAGUAAGUUCUCCAUUAACUGAUUUUGCUGCUAAAUAUAUGGGAAAUGCCAAUAAAGAUUUAAAUGGAAGAUCAAUCUUUGCUAAUGUUAGAGAAUGGAUUAUUCGUGAUGAUCAUGAUGAUUUUUCCAAUGAUGAUGAUGAAGAUAAUGAGACUAUGGUAACUAAGAGUAGUGAUAAGAAAUUAACCAAAAUUGAAUCUAAAGCCAGUAAUAAAUCAACUACUUCCUCUGCUACUACCACACCUAAAAAGGCAAGAAGAAGUUCCACUACUAAGAGAGUCAAAAAGGAAUGA